CUGGAUCAGGGAAUCAAACGGAUUUGGACUCUAAACUAUGGGAUCUUCUACACGAACUGGAACCUACAGACCUUCGGCUAGCCUAAUACUUGCUGCCAAACAGGAUUCUUUAGAGGAGUACGACUAUAGAUUACUGUUGAUAAAACGUACUGAAGGUACUUCCUAUGCACUGAAUCACUGCGUUUUCCCGGGUGGCGUCUUCGAUCCCAAAGAGGAUGGAUCUUUGGAAUGGAUUACUUAUUUUAAAUCCUUUGGGGUGACCGAUGAGCAGUUGAAAUUGCUCAGUCACAAUCAGAAUACUCCCAGGCCUGAAUUUCUAUCUGGCGGAGAGCACUUUUCAAAGGACAUUGCAUUGCGACUGACUGCGCUGAGAGAAUCUUUCGAGGAGGUGGGCAUCCUGUUAUGCACUAGUCAGACUGACUUCAAGGAAUGGGAUUCCAAAUCAAGUCAUCCUCGUACAUUACUCCUCGAGCCAGGCGAGCGCUCUGAGUGGCAGCAUCGAGUUCACAAUGAUGCCUCACAGUUCCUGGAACUCUGCAGGCAUCUUAAUGUUAUUCCCAACCUCUGGUCUCUGCAGGAAUGGUCCAUUUGGAGAACAGCCGCCACAGCCAAUCGGAAAUAUGACACUGUAUACUACAUCUCUGCGCUGGAUGAACAGGCCAAGAAUAUUAGUCUUCUGCUGGAACCGCACGAGGUAGCCUCCGCCCAUUGGAUGAGUCCAGCGGAAGCAUGGACGAGCUCACAAACUGGCGUCAUUUGGCUGCCAUUUAUGCUGCUCUACGACAUCGCUCGUCUGAUGAACUUGCAUAGCUGGCAGGAGCUUCUCAACUUUGCCCGACAACGGAGUUCCCGAGGUGGCACAAUGCUGCAGCCCGUUUACUACCGCUGCGAUGACUGCAUGUUUGGAGUACUUCCUGGAGAUGAACUUUAUCCCAUGGAACCUGGCGCCUGCACACAAACCAAUAUCUUGUCGGGAUCGGUGAACGAACUUCAUCGAAAGGCCAAGCAAUACAAUCGCUACAUAGUCUACGAUUUUCACCACGUCGUGCUGGCUUCCAAUGUCCCGCCCUGCGAUGGUCAUUUGCCACUCCAGCCACUUGUUAACACCAAGCUAGCAAAGUUGUAGUAAAAAGUU